UGUUAAUAUUCAUCGUGACGCAAUUGGAACCCAUCCUUUCCAUCGCGCUAACUGACCGUGGAACAUGUCGUAUACAUCAGAAAGAAGAAACGAAGACCGAGAUUGGACUAGUGAGUCCAAAAAUGGACCCACUGAAGCUGAUGCUCCAGCUUAUGAUGGACCAGCUGGUAUGGAACCAGAUGGUCUUAUUGAGACCAACUGGGAAACCGUUGUCGAUUCUUUUGAUGACAUGAACUUGAAAGAAGAACUUCUUCGUGGUAUUUAUGCUUAUGGUUUUGAAAAACCAUCAGCAAUUCAGCAGCGUGCUAUCGUUCCCUGUGUCAAGGGUCUUGAUGUUAUUGCCCAAGCCCAAUCUGGUACUGGCAAAACUGCAACUUUUUCCAUUUCAAUUCUUCAACAAAUUGAUACAUCUGUUUCUCAAUGCCAAGCAUUGAUUCUUGCUCCAACUCGUGAGCUUGCUCAACAGAUCCAAAAAGUCAUGAUUGCUCUUGGUGACUUUAUGCAUGCUCAAUGUCAUGCUUGCAUUGGUGGUACCAAUGUACGUGAAGAUAUGCGCCGGUUAGAAGCUGGUGUUCAUGUUGUUGUUGGUACACCAGGACGUGUUUAUGAUAUGAUUAGUCGUCGUGCAUUACGUACUGAUGAAAUUAAACUUUUCGUUCUUGAUGAAGCCGAUGAAAUGUUAUCUCGUGGUUUCAAAGAUCAAAUUCAUGAUGUAUUUAAAUUAUUACCCGGAAAUGUACAAGUUAUUUUAUUAUCAGCAACAAUGCCUGAUGAUGUAUUUGAAGUAUCAAAAUGCUUUAUGCGUAAUCCAAUUCAAAUUCUUGUUAAAAAAGAAGAAUUAACACUUGAGGGUAUUAAACAAUUUUAUGUAUUUGUUGAACGUGAAGAUUGGAAAUUUGAAACACUUUGUGAUCUUUAUGAAACAUUGAGUAUUACUCAAGCUGUAAUAUUUUGUAAUACACGUCGUAAGGUCGAUUGGCUUACUGAAAACAUGCAAUCUCGCGAUUUUACUGUAUCAGCUAUGCAUGGUGAUAUGGAACAACGUGAACGUGAUCUUAUUAUGAGACAAUUUCGUACUGGUUCAUCACGUGUACUUAUUACAACUGAUUUACUUGCUCGUGGUAUUGAUGUCCAACAAGUUUCAUUGGUUAUCAAUUAUGAUCUUCCAUCAAACCGUGAAAAUUACAUUCACAGAAUUGGACGUGGUGGUCGUUUUGGACGUAAAGGAGUUGCAAUCAAUUUUGUUACAAGUGAGGAUAAGAGAACGAUGAGUGACAUCGAGCAAUUCUAUCACACUCGUAUCGAAGAAAUGCCAACGAAUGUUGCUGAUUUGAUCUAAGUAUUGAUUCGUGGCUAUAUUUCAUUAUAUAAUAAUAAAAACAAAACCACAAAAAAAAAAUCAAUAAAUAAUAAAAAUUAAAAAAAAAACAAAAAA